GUAGGAGUCAGCUAUGCGCACAUCACAAGACUUGGAGGAAACCAACUCACUCCCCUAUUUCCUUCUACAAAGCUGAAAAAGCUGCAGUUGGGAGGGACCCUCAGAUAGCUCUGGUGGUCCAUCUGUUCCUUUUGGAGUUGACAUUUGAAAGUGUUGGUGGACAAAAAUCAUCAUCAUAUAUUCUCCUUUCAUACUCUUUAAAUCACAGGAAAAGGCAGCCUUGAGAAAAAGACUGAUCCAAAAUGACAACUCAAUUUGAUUGUCAAUACUGCACAGCAUCACUUCUUGGGAAGAAGUAUGUACUAAAGAAUGACAAUCCAUAUUGUGUUUCAUGUUAUGAUCGUAUCUUUUCUAACGAUUGUGAGGAGUGCAAAGAACCAAUCGAAUCAGGUUCCAAGGAUCUUUGUUAUAAAGGCCGACACUGGCAUGAAGCAUGCUUCAACUGUGCCAAAUGCAAUCACUCUUUGGUGGAAAAGCCUUUUGCUGCCAAGGAUGAGCGCCUGCUGUGCUCAGAGUGCUAUUCUAACGAGUGCUCCUGCAAGUGCUUCCACUGCAAGAAGACCAUCAUGCCUGGUUCUUAUUUGGGGUGGCACAGGUUCCCGCAAAAUGGAAUUUAAGGGAAACUACUGGCAUGAAACCUGCUUUGUGUGUGAGCAUUGCCGACAGCCAAUAGGAACUAAACCCUUGAUUUCCAAAGAGAGUGGCAAUUAUUGUGUGCCAUGUUUUGAGAAGGAGUUUGCUCAUUACUGCAGCUUUUGUAAGAAGGUGAUAACAUCAGGUGGGAUAACGUUUCAUGACCAGCCAUGGCAUAAAGAGUGUUUUCUGUGCAGUGGCUGUAGGAAAGAGCUCUGUGAAGAAGAGUUUAUGUCCAGAGAUGAUUAUCCAUUCUGUCUGGACUGUUACAAUCAUCUUUAUGCCAAAAAGUGUGCAGCCUGCACCAAGUCCAUUACUGGUCUCAGAGGUGCCAAGUUUAUCUGCUUUCAAGACCGCCAGUGGCACAGUGAAUGCUUUAACUGUGGAAAGUGCUCGGUCUCCUUGGUGGGGGAAGGCUUCCUAACCCAGAACAAGGAAAUCUUCUGCCGCAAAUGUGGCUCUGGAUUGGACACUGACAUCUAGAGGGAGACAGCCCUUCCUCACCUGAAAUCCACCUUGCUUUUGUUCUCACUAAAUCCAGACCUUGCUUGAAGUAGUAUUUCUGACUUAUGUUUCAGCACAUUUUAAUGCAGAGUUUAUAGCAGGAGGAUUUUUGCACACACACACACUGAUGGAACUAUAUCAUAAGAGCUCAGAAAAAGCAGUCAAACAGGAAUGAACAUAUCCUAACUCACAAAGGCAUCUCUCCUUGCAAAAUACUGCACUCUGCUGUUAAAAACAUAGGAAAAUAUCUCCUUAUUGCAAUCAAACAUAUGACCUAUACCUAGAAGUAUGGAUGUUAUUACCAAAGACUAAUGUUUUCAAAACUGCAGAGUAAAAAAGGAAAUUAAGAGAUUAAAUUGACAGGCACAUGUAAAGCUAAUGUUUGCAUUCCCAGCUAGCUAGUUAUAUAUAAGGUGAUAGACUGGCUAUUGUUGGUAGAAGAACAAAACUGAUCAGAAAAACUGAUCAGUAAUCAUCCUAUUUGAGAAUUCUGCCCCUUUAUCAUUCUUUUAUUCACACAUACUGACUUUAGAGCUCCAAAACAAAACUGCAAUUUGCCGCCCUCUAUGCUGCUUCCAGAGCUAGUUGGUUCCAUGUUUAACAAAUGGAAAUGAGAAUUUGGACACUGUGGCUCUCAUACUCUGCAUGGUUAUGAAGGGGUCCUCUCUACCUGGGGAUAAUUAAAGCCUAGGUUUCAACACAUGUUGCACCAAAUGCAUUUUCAAAGCCCACAUGAUUUUUCUAAAUACUUAACAGAUUCCAUGAAAGAGAAGUCUAUUCUCUCAAAUGAGCUAACUGGGGUAAUCAUUGUCCCCAAAGGCAAACCUUUAAAGUAAAUAGAUCAUUAAGUCAUCACUUGUGGAAAUGAGUUUUAGGAAAGGGAUUGAGCGAUGGAACAUGACUUUCAUCCAGAUAUCUACAGGCAUAAUAGAAUGCAUAAUUACCUCUGAGCUUCAUGCAUUUUGCCUUCUAAAAUUACACAGAUGAUUAAUGAGAAGACAUGAAAGUGGGCUUUGACGGAAUUUAGUAAUAAUAAGAAGUGAGAAAAAAUAAUUCACUGCUGAUAAUUCUGGACCUGCACAGCAAUACCAUAGACCAAUAUGGGCUGUAGAUGAGCCCUCCCCACUGUUGCGCCACACGUGUGCCACCCACCUCACCCCAUGCCAACUAUGUCCCAAGAGUUCCAAUCUCCUGCAUGGCCCACAGGUGCACUCCCAACCCUAAGCAGCCAUUCUACAAAUAAGUCAGUGUUUAUCGGUCACACGAGAAGAAACAGCCUUAAUGAAAAGUCUAUCACCAUAUGCGUGUCUUUUUGCCAGACAUCAAUUAAUGAUCACCCUACCUAGCUGCAAUAUUUUCCACAUUAUGAGGGACAAAUGGAAAGCAAACUCUUUUCUCCAUGGUCAAUUACUGUCUUUGUUAUAGUGUCACUUAGCUGGAGUAGAGGGAGGUCAGAAGAAAGCCACGCGGACGUAACAUUUUUAUAAGUGUCUACUUUCAGAUUACUGCCUAGCACUAAAGGUUCUGAUUGAAACCUAAUUAUAUGAUGUAGCUGAUUACAGUGAUUAAAAUAGUAUCACAGGAGAUGUAAUUAAAAUUGUUAUGGAAACACAAUUUUUGAAAUAGUUCAAAAUGCAAGGACAUUUGGAGAUGCUAACAAUUUAGAGUUGCUAAUAAAAGGUCAGGCUACAAAGGCUGUUUGAAAGAUACAACUGUCUUUUUUUUGUCUAUGUGUAGUAACAACACCAAGAUAACUUUUCACAUUCACAGUGUAAGACGUCGGUA